AACUCAAACUCCGUGCGGGCCUGACGCUCAGCCGGCUGCUCCGGGCGGGGCUGCGGGGUUCUUCACGCGUCUGCCAGGACGGCGGCCAGCAUGAGCCAGGUUCUGUUCCAGCAGCUAAUCCCGUUGCAGGUGAAGUGCAAGGAGUGCGAGGAGAGGAGAAUAAGUGUUAGAGUGAGCAUUGAACUGCAAUCAGUUUCUAAUCCAGUUCACAGAAAGGAUUUAGUUAUUCGCCUGACAGAUGACACAGAUCCAUUUUUUUUGUACAACCUUGUUAUAUCUGAGGAAGAUUUUCAAAGUUUAAAAUUCCAACAAGGUCUGCUAGUAGACUUCUUAGCUUUCCCACAAAAAUUUAUAGAUCUUCUUCAGCAAUGUGCUCAAGAACAUACCAAAGAAACCCCAAGGUUUUUGCUACAGUUAGUUUCUCCAGCAGCUAUUUUGGAUAACUCACCUGCAUUUUUAAAUGUAGUAGAGACAAACCCUUUUAAGCAUCUUAUACACCUCUCACUAAAACUUUUACCUGGAAAUGAUGUGGAGAUAAAGAAAUUUCUGGCAGGCUGCUUAAAAUGUAGCAAGGAAGAAAAAUUAUUGUUGACACAAUCACUAGAUGAUGUUACCGGGCAACUGAACCUUACAAAAAAGACAUUAUCUGAAAAAAUACAAGAAUUAGAUAAGUUACGGAAUGAGUGGGCAUCACAUACAGCCUCCUUGACAAAUAAACAUUCUCAGGAACUGACCAGUGAGAAGGAAAAAGCAUUACAGGCACAGGUUCAAUACCAACAGCAACAUGAGCAACAGAAAAAAGAUUUAGAAGUCCUCCAUCAGCGAAACAUCCACCAGCUACAAAACAGAGUGUCUGAAUUAGAAGCAGCUAAUAAAGAUCUAACUGAGAGGAAAUAUAAAGGAGAGUCCACUACUAGAGAGCUUAAAGCAAAGCUUUCUGGUGUUGAAGAGGAGCUUCAGCGAACUAAGCAAGAAGUCCUUUCUUUGCGAAGAGAGAAUUCUACACUAGAUGCUGAAUGUCAUGAGAAAGAAAAGCGUAUUAAUCAGCUACAAACAAAAGUGGCAGUUUUGGAACAAGAAAUUAAGGAUAAAGACCAGCUUGUUGUAAGAACAAAAGAAGCAUUUGAUACAAUCCAGGAACAAAAGGUGGCAUUAGAAGAAAAUGGUGAGAAAAAUCAAGUACAACUGGGAAAACUUGAAGCUACAAUAAAAUCAUUAUCAGCAGAACUUCUGAAGGCAAAUGAAAUUAUCAAGAAGUUACAAGGGGAUCUCAAAACUCUCAUGGGUAAGUUGAAACUGAAGAAUACAGUUACUAUUCAGCAAGAAAAACUAUUGGCUGAGAAGGAGGAAAAAUUACAAAAGGAAGAAAAGGAAUUACAAGAUAUUGGACAGUCUCUCCGAGCUAAAGAACAAGAGAUAUGCAAAUUACAAGAACAAUUAGAAGCUACAGUUCAAAAACUUGAGGAAAGCAAACAGCUUCUAAAAAACAAUGAAAAGUUAAUCACAUGGUUAAAUAAAGAACUAAAUGAAAAUCAGCUAGUGAGAAAGCAAGAUGUAUUGGGACCUUCUACCACUCCACCUGCACAUUGCAGCAGCAGCACAAGCAGAAGUGGAAUUUCUCCCAGUCUGAAUGUGAUUGAUAAUAGACUUGCUUAUCCAAGCUGUGGGAUUGGUUAUCCUGUGUCCUCUGCAUUUGCAUUCCAGAAUGCCUUUUCUCAUCUGAUACCUGCCAAAAAUACCAUCCACCCAGUUUCAGGACCUAAGGUUCACUUUAACUUGCAGUUUGCAAAACCAAGUACCUCCCUAGGGGACGCUCACCCAGGAGCAGCUGCCAGCGCUCCAUGCUCAGCUGAUAAGGAAAAUGGUGAAAAUUUAGGACUGGAAUCCAGAUACUUGAAGAAAAGAGAAGAUAGCAUUCCUUUACGUGGCCUCAGCCAGAACCUAUUUAUUAAUGCAGACCAUCAGAAAGAUGGCACUCUGGGAAUGUUACAGACUUCUUCCAAACCCACAGCACUCCCUUCCACAUCUUCAGCCUAUUUCCCGGGACAGUUGUCAAGCAGUUAGAAUUCUGGCGUUAUUUUAUGUAUUUAUUGCCAUUUUAAACUCAGGUGGUUUAAAAAUAUUAAUAGAAGUCCAACCCUACGCAGGGAAGUUUCAAAGUUUACUUGAGCUGCUGCUGUUAAGAUUGUUUAGAUCAUUAAUAGCACAAGGAUUACUAUACAGGAGCAAAUCUGUCCUGGGAAUUGAUAGAAUAGUGAUUAUUUUGGGUCUCUGUAACAGUAACAUGAAUUUCACUAAGGAGUUUACCAAUUCUUAUAAAGGAUAUUCUAAUUAUACUGAAAAUCUGCUCAGAAAAUGGAAACCAAAGAGUGCUAAUAAUGCAUUUUCAAGUUGCCGCCUGACAAUUAUGAGGGAAAGUCGCAUCUGAGAUUCUCCAUUUUCCGAACAUUAAAGUGUAAAUCUUAAUGCCACCCCAUGUAACUGGAGUGAGUUAAACCUUCAUAGCAAAUAACGUAAGUACUUUCCUUGAAACUUAACUUUUUAUAUGCUUAUACAGUAUCCAAAUUAUUUUUAUAUAAUCAGCAUAAAGUGUGAUUAGAGCUGAAGUUUGCAGGAUUUUAAUGCUUUCUGAAUAGUUUACACUCAUCUAACUUUUCUUCUUAAUUUGGAACCUUAUUGGUUUCAUAGUUAUCUGUGGAAUUUUGUUUUAAAAAUUGGAACCAUAUAGACUCUAGCGUAAGGGUUAUCGUGCUUGCUUUGGCAGCACAUAUAGUAUCGUGAGUAAUCACUGUACUUAUUUUUAUAUCUGAACUUGGAUUCAUUAGUGUUUACUUAAUGAAGUACUACAACUUUUAAUUAGAAAUUGUCCUUGGGACAAAAUUUUAAAAUUCGUACAGAAUCAGGGCCCCAUUUUGUUUUUAUUGACAGCCACUCAAUAAGAGUAGCAUUAUCUUUGAGAAUCCUCUAAAUCAAUUUUAGUGAACUGCUAAUGCUUAUGUGAUAGCUUAAAAAGUCAGUUACUUUACAUAAAGAAAACAUUUCAAGAUGAUAUACCAACAUUCCUUCAUUUAUGUUAAGACAACCUUUGUUUUGCUUUUUAAUACUCUGAAACUGUUGGUAAUUGCCACUUACCUUAUUAGGGAUCUAAUCAGAAAAUUCAGUAACUAAUAUUGUGCAAAGACUUUUCCUUAUUUAAGUAUUACAAUACUCAUAGUAGUUGCAAUAACUUGAAAGAACAUAUUUUUCAAAGAAGUCUCUUGGCUACAUGGGAAUGCAUGUUGCUGUAAAUAGUCUGUGAUGUAGAUUUAUACACAUAUACGUAAAACACUGAUGUGGAUUGGAUGAGAUAUAUGACAUACUGCUAGCUUUAAAAAUUGUAUGCAAAGGCCAGUAAGAUAGUUCAGGGAACUAAGUGCCUGCUUAGGCAAGCACAGGAACUAGGGUUCAAUCCCUGGCACCACAUUCCACGCC